AUGACUUUCAAUUCAAAUUUUAAUUUUUUCUCUCCAAACAAGUUGAAACAAGACAUCCCCACCUGGGCUGAUCCCAAAGAGAAAUACACCUGCCAGGUUAUUUCUGUGAAGAAGGAGAAGGCAAUGUUAGGCAUAAAAACAAACCUCGUCUACCAGCUGAUUCCAACUUUCAGCAACAUCCAAGUCAGCAGGAAGAUCAGUCAGUUUGAAUGGUUGAACCAGAAGUUGUCCUGCAAGUUUUCCAUGGCAUUCCUUCCACCUCUGCCUGAUAAGAGAGCCAUCCAGCAAUCUGAUUCAAAAGAUGAUGAAACAGAAUGCAAGCGACAACUUCUACAGAGAUGGGUGAACAGAAUAUCGACACACCCCGUCCUUAGCCAGUCCAACGUUUUCAGGGAUUUGUUUCUCAGCACUACUGACGCCAAGAGAUACUCAGAUUCAAAGAAGUUAUUCGACAAGGACCAGUAUGUAGGUGGCCAAUUCUUCUACCUCAUAAAGGCACCCAAGGUCAACAGAGAGACAUGUGAGAAAUUACUGGAUCAGUUUGUUUCAUUUACAAAAAGUAUGGAGAACUCAUGUGCUAUUUUUGAAGAGACGUCUUCCUCCUUUCUCAAGAGCCAUGUUCUUUCUGUUGAAAAGCAGUAUGAGAAAACAGCCAAUGCAUUUGCAUCCCUGGCACAAACUUUUGAAUUGAACACUUUAGAUAGAAGCAACGAACUGGCAGUCUUGUACAGGGAGGUUGGAAAGUUGUACAUCGAUUCUGCUAUCCUCUUUCGUAAGAAGUGCGUUGGUGCUACAAAGUCCCUACUUGCAAUAAUUCGGGAGUACAACUCCAUACUGAAGAAUGUGCCAGACAUCAUGAUUAUUCAGAAAACAGCCAUGCAGAAGGCUUCCUCAAAGAAGGGCAACCUGUCGGAGCAGGAGGAAAGUGAGAUGAACGACAGAGUGAAUGUUGUGACGGCCACACUGGCUGCAGAGGUUACCCACUUCCACAAGGAACGUAUCGAAGAUUUCAACGACAUCCUCAUGGAAUAUUUAAAAGAUCAGCUGGAGUAUCACGAAGGGGUGAGUGAUGUUGGUUUGUACGCCAUCGUUUAG